AUGACCGAGCCAGAAACUGGACAACAAUGGGCGGUGCCAUCCCGAGCUGAGCUAUGCGCGAAGGCUAUGGGAGAAAUGGACAAGGAGGGUGACACGCCCAUAGCUCAAGUCACCCAAGAAUCCGCUGAGGCUCUCGGAAAGGCCAUGCAAGACCUCAGUGUCAAACAGGCUGCUACCCAAAAAUCAGGUGUCCCCCCAUCCAGUCGUGUCAACGCCGCGGACAUUACUCUUAUUAUGGAAGAGAUGGAGGUACUGAGUCUGCGUUGUUGCUCGUAUGAUGUUUUCAUGCUUAUCAUUCGCUGGAACAAGUACUAGGUUUCAAAAGCAAAGGCGACAGACGUUUUACGCGGUUGUGGCGGAAAUACCACCGAAGCUUUAAGAAGGCUCUUG